AUGUCGUCCCUGCUCCAAUGGUUGUCACCCGUGGCAAAGGAUGUCUUAUCCACAAGCGUGCAGCUUUUGCAAGGGAAGGUGCCUUCGCCCACCAAGAGCUUGUCUUCGGCAUUGCAACAGGCAGCGAAGCCUGAGGAUAGUUUUGGAUUGCUUUUAGAUCCUACGCUGCGCAAGGAGUUUGCGAGCGAGCUUGAACGAAGUGGCUUGAAGGAGAUUACCCCACAGUCCAGCCAGCAAUUGGUGGAGAUCUUUGGGCAGGUGCUUAGCAAGCAGUUGGAGGCCGUGAAAACCCAGGCGGCCCAGCUGGCGGCCAAGCUCCCGACCAAAGGUCCCUUGAGCUUCGAGCAAGUCUUGAAGGCUUUGAACCAGGAGGAAUUGCUGGGCAGGUUUGCUCCUUCACUCGUGGCCGGCGCAGAGGGAUCUAUUGCCUCCGAUUGCAAAGACAGAUCCCAAAAGUCGACCAGAACCCCGGGGUGGAAACUCAGGGGCGAACAAAGCUUCUAG